UAGAAAUUUCAACCUUUGCUCAAUCAAAUCGAUUUUAUAUUAAGCUGAACUCAUUGCCAAAGAUUCAGUUGUGCCAAAAGUGAAAGGAAAUAAUUUGUUAGAGCCAGUAUUGGCUUGGCUAACACUUGAAGCCCUUCAAGACAUUUUAGUGCUAGCUUUCAGAUAAUUAAUUUUACCUCCAACAUCUAUUGUGCCAAAAACAGAAGCAGAACAACAACGACAAAGACAACCACAACAACAGCAAUAAAAAAGGCGAUUUCGUUGACCCAAAAUGUCAGAGCUGAGCCCAACUGGAUAUAGUUGGUUGGCGCUGGCCUAGAAAAUGUCAACGGCGUGAAUCAUGUGCUCUACGCAUUGAAGUGGAGACACACACAACGUUACACAACACAGCACAACAGAACACUAUACACUAUACUACACGGUGCGAACUGUACAAUGGUCAUCCAGUGUACAUGCGAUUGCAAUUGCAGUGAUAGAGAGAACCGCAGCUCCUGUUUGCCACGCCUCACGCUGCGACUACGAGCCACGCCCCUGGAUGCUGGCAAUGAUAUGGAGCAUCGCUUGUCCUACUAUCGCCGGCUAUCGAAUACCUCAUCAGCGCUAUACGGCAGCUGUCCCCAAUUGCUGCCCGUUGGCCAAACGUGUCACAGCCAGAGUCAAAGUCAGAGUCAGAAUCUGAAUCAGAAUCAGAGUCAGAGUCGAAGCCUGGAGCAGGAGCGGGAGCGUGAGUUGAGGCCAUAUUCGAGUCUGGUGCGCACCAAGCACAGAACCUCCGUGCUGUGCAACAAAUGCGCGCUGUGACGAAGAUACAA